AUGGUCCAGAUUGCCUACGCCCUGGACCUCCCGCCCUGCAUCGUCGCCCGGCGACUGCUAGAGGCCCUCAGGCUGGGGCUGGGCAGGGCGGGCACCACCCUUGCCCUCCGAGACCCGGCGGCCCUCCCCUCCCUCGUGAAGACCCCCGGGCUGGCUGACACCCUCCUGGCCCGCCUGCGGCGCGAGCUGGAGGCCUGCGUGGCCGUGGACGCGGUGUGCUGCCCCCGCGCCGACAGCGCACGGGCGCGGGCCGGCAGCGCAUACGAGGAGCGGCUGUAUGCCAGCCUGCAUGAGGCCGGGGUGGCUUUUUGGACGGAAGGGGGCCUCAGGGCGCGAGGUUUCUUCAAGACGCCAGAUGCCAAGCUUCAGGUCCCUGUGGCGGUGGGGGGGAGGGUGGUCCACUGGAUAGACUCCAAGGCGACCUUUGGGGAUGCCCGGAUGCACAGGACUCAGCUCGCCGAGCAGUAUGAGCUGUAUGUCAACCGCUUUGGGCCUGGCAUGGUCAUCUACUGGCACGGCUAUGUGGAGGGCCUCCUGGAGCAUCCCGGCGUGUUGGUCGUGGAUGACUUCCCUGCCAAGUCAAGCAUCCUGCAACUGCCCUGCCUCUCCGUUGAACCUGUGCGACCCUCUGAGGCACCCUUCCGGCCGGCCAUACAGGCCGCCUGA